AACGAUGCAUUUUUUUUUUGGUUUCUUCAGAUUUCAUUCAUCUCCCUGUGAAGAAAAAUAGAAGAAGCAAUUGUGUCACUCAAUUUCGAGUGACACUAUCAAAUCCAAUUAGGCUAUUCUCACCUGGUUACACUGGUCACUGGACGUAUACUGUUGUUCCUAAACUUUUUGAUUGUAGGGAUGUUGGUGCAGGAACCUAUGGCUUGGAAGGAGGAUUACCUCACUUCUCAAAUCAUUGGUUAUAUAAUUUACUUACUUAGAUUCUUGUUGGUCUAUGCAAUUGUUUCCUUUGGAUCAGUUGCCAUGAUUAUCUACUCACAGACAGUGUGGACAAGUGGGUUAUACACAAGGUGUUUGAUAAAUUGUCUCAACCAGUUUAUACGUGAUUUGGGAAAACUAAGAUAUGGGUAUUGUUAGCUGGAGUAAGAGGUUAAGCGGAACGGUUAUAAUGUGAUUGGAGGGCGCCCCAACACUAAGAUGGCGGCCACUAACACUUAUAAAUAAUAACAACUCUUGCCUCUCCCUCUCUUUUCUCCACAACAUUAAAACAAGAACCCUUUUUUGGAUAUCAACAAGUGUUACAGUGUAAAUCAUUGAAGGAAUUCAAGGAAGAAGAAGAAGGAGAAUUAUCUAAAAAGCUCUUACUGAUUAUCGUAAGAAGUGUUACUGUGUAAACCAUUAAAGGGGAAGGAAGAAGAAGAAGAAGAAGAAGAGAAGAAGAAGAAGAACAAGUACAAGAAGAACAAGAAGAAGAAGAAGUGAAGAGGAAGGAGAAUUAUCUUAAAGCUCUUGACUGGUUAUCAAAAGUUAAUCCUAAUGGUGAAAUCAGACGAGGAGGCUAGCCCAAAUAGCAAAGUUGAACAGCAACCCGAGUCUAUGAACGCAAUCAUUUUGGAAAUGCUGAAGCAAUUGCGAGCUUCAAUUAAGUCUGAAGUGACUGCAAUUGUUAAUAGUGAAAUGAGAAUUCAGAGGCAGCAGAUGAGUGAUUCUCUUCUCGAGUCACUUCCAACUACUGUGAAGUUUAAGGGGGCAGUCAAGAGUGAGGUGGAAAAAAUGCUCGCAAGUGAAAGGGAACAGCAAAAAAAGCAAAUUUGCGACUCUCUCCUCGUGUCACUACCAAAUUUGGAGAACUUCAAGGGGGUAGUCAAGAGUGAGGUGGAAACAGUAAUUGCUGACGAAAGGGAACGAAUGAAGCAGCAACUAUACGAUUCUGUCCUCGAGUCACUGCCAUCUACAGAAAAGUUCAAGGAGGUAAUUACAACAGCAGUGGUAACCGUACUCAGUGGUGAAAGGGAAGGGCAGAAAGAGCAAAUAAAAGACUCAGUCCUUGCAUCAUUACCAGCCACAAAGAUACUGAAGCUGAUGAUUAAGAAUCAAGUGAAUGCUGCAUUAAACAACCUGCAACCUACUGGACAAGCUGGCACACAUGCCAACCAAAACCACGAUGAAGCUGAAAUGUUCAGCAGUAAAAUAGCAGAGAAGUCAAAUGUCGAGAAGGCUGAGAGUAAACUACAGCGAAAAAUAGCAGAGACAAUGAACGUUCCAGUGUUUAUGUCCUUAUUAGUGGGGUUCACCACGAUUGUGUCUCAGCAGCCCUUGCAGACACAUAAAGAGCUUCAGCUUUUGAUUGCUCUCAUGGUAGUCAUCGUCUUUGGUACACUGCUGUACCUUUACUCCGUUUGGUCGAAAUUAGCUACCUUAAAGAGCAGGGUUACCUCUUUAGGAGAAAAGCGACGAAUUUUGAAUAAUGAAUCAGUAGCCCUUGUUCAAGGAAUUUUGGCUCCAGAGGUUUGCAGUUAAAAAGUGAGAAACAGCAGUCGUUUAUCGAUGAGAUGGAGCAAGGUUCAACGCUCACUCAAAAGACUUGGGAGGAGUAUCGCUGGAUAGUGAUUGGAUUAGGUAUAUUCACAGUAUUAUUUUCAUGUUUGGUUGGUUACCUCUCUUACACCAACUGGGUGGACAUUAUGAAGGCUGUAGCAACACAUGAACCUAAGAUUCAACUGUUUGACUCUUGAAGAGCUCAAAACCAAUGAAGUCAGCUUUGUAUAAUCCACAAUUGGCUCGUGUAAAAUUUCAAUUCUGUCUAUCUAUUUUUUUUUCUUCUAAGUUCCUGCCACUGGGCAUGUUUGUGAAU